AUAUACACACACAUCUGCCUUUCUAGCUCAUCAUCAUAUAGAUCACCAUCCGCCCAUUCUCCUCCAUAGCUAUAGGGAGUGGAACAGUUUUGCAAGGUAGAGGAGGAGGAGGAAGCCGUCAGCUGCCUAUAUAUAUAUAUAUAUAUAUAUAUCUCGACAGAUAGAUCCAUCUGGGAAUCUUGCUAGGAUACACCCACACACACAUAUAUAAUAUAUUUAGGGUUUCUUAUUGAACUCUAAACUAGCUAGCUUCUUAAUAUCUUAAUUGAGUUGUUGCCAUUUCUUCUUGUUGUUGGUGGCGGGCGGUGGUUGAUGAUGUGCAGUAGAGGGCACUGGAGACCAGCCGAGGAUGAGAAGCUGCGGGAGUUGGUUGAGAGAUAUGGACCCCAUAACUGGAACGCCAUAGCUGAGAAACUCCAGGGCCGAUCAGGGAAGAGCUGCCGGCUGAGAUGGUUCAAUCAAUUGGACCCGAGAAUCAACCGCAGCCCUUUCAGCGAGGAGGAGGAAGAGCGGCUGCUGGCCUGCCACCGCAUCCACGGCAACAGGUGGGCCGUCAUCGCCAGGUUCUUCCCCGGCCGCACGGACAACGCUGUCAAGAACCACUGGCAUGUCAUCAUGGCCCGGAAAUGCAGAGAGAGAUCCAAAUUCUACGCCAGGCGAGCCUUAUCUCACCACCCCAUCAAGUGGAGACGAUCAUCCGAUGAUGAUGAUGAUAUCAACAACAACAACAACAACAUUACUACUGCUAUUCAUGAGAAAGAAUCAAUGUCGAUAUCAUCAACAUCCUCCUCAUCCAAGUGCGAUCACAGGGUGGCCGCAUCAAAGGCCGAUCAUCAUCGUCAUCAUCAUUAUUCCGCUGCGGGAAAGACUUGUUCAGGCUUUAACUUGGUGCAGCCUUUCGAUCUCAAGAGCCAGGCGGCGGCAUUUGAUGAGCAGACGAGGAGGCGUCAACCCCUCGCGGAUCAUCUAUUUAGGUAUAACUACUUACAGUGGGCAAUGGACCGUCUUCCUCCAACACAACCUGAUGAUGAUAAUGAUAGACAGAUGACAGAGAUUCAUCAUCAUCCUAUGAAGAUGGCGGCGGCCCAAGGAGGAAGCGGAAGUGGAAGCAAAGAAGUGGAGUUCUAUAACUUUCUACAAGUGAAGACGGACCCGAUUAGUAAUAGACAGUACGAAAUAGGGAUGGACGAGCAAAAGCAUGCAAGAAGGAAAGAGAAUCGUCCACAGGAGGAGGAAGAAGAAGAAGUGGACGACGAUAAUCAGAAGAAAGGUUCAUGUCCAUGUCCGUCUUCUUCAUCUUCGUCUUCGUCUUCUUCGACUGCAACUGCGGCGGCAUUCAUAGACUUCUUGUCAGUGGGAAACGGCAGCUCUCCCUACUAACCAACUAACUAAACUAGCUAGCUAAUUAAUCAGCCAGCCGGCCAGCCAGCCAGCCAGCAGCUGCAGCAAGUUAUAUAUUAACACAAGUUAAUUAGUGCGUCUGCGUCCUCUUGGAUCCAUCAUUCACACUACUAAUUACACUUACAUACAUACUACAACUACAUACACGCAUGGACAAAAUGGUCCAAUGCAAAAAAAACAACAACAUAUAUAUGUCCAUGCACAGCUUGAAACUGUGAUAUAUGUAUGUAUGUAUGUAUCCAGUCAUAUGAUGAAGAAGAUACCAUCCACCUAGUUAGUUCCUCUACCAAAGAGACUAGCUAUAUAGUCAUUUUGGUGGAUUAGUUGAAUCAUAUAUACUACCUGUGUGUGUGUGUGUGUGUGAUAGGCAUGCAGCUGUUCGUCUCCGUCCUGUCAGCAUAAAAUUUGCUGUAUAGAUUCAACAAUGUUAGUGACGACGUUCACAAUAAAAUACUAUGUACACUUAUUUGUGUAUAUAUGCAUGCACGCAUGCCGUCUGCAAAGAUCGAAAAUCGAGCGCUCAAAGUCUAAGGGAAUAAGAUGGU